CUUUGCUUUCUUUGGCGGGAGAGAACAGGUUUAGAACGACGUUUUGCUCUAAAAGCCAUCUUUUUAGACAAGGUUUUUUAAUGGUCUUGGGUAUAGUUACAGUUACAAGCAGAAAGUGUUUGCUCCUUUCUAUUUGACGAGAGGGUUGGCUUUCUUCAAAAGCAAAGAAGAGAGGAGAGAAGGGAGAAAGAACAUAAUGAAAAAAAUUGGAAAGGAAGGGAACUACGUCAAAGAUUUAAACGAAUUAAGACAUACAGAGGGCAAGAGAUUCAAUGCACCUGGCAGCUUAUACUCAUUAAAAGAAACUCUGCUAUUUCCAAAUAUGGAAACUGAGUCUUUAAAAGGUGACAAAAUUAUCCUUCCAACUGAUAUGAGAGGUACUCCAGCUCUUAUACUAAUAUUCAUGAAAGCGCAUGGACUGAAAAUGUCGGAAAGGUACAGGAUACCUUUUAUCGAAAAUUUUGGUGGAUCAAUCCCAGUUUAUGAAGUGAACGUUUUGGAGUUAAUAUUUUUAAGACUAUUACGUCGCUUUUUGCAAGCAAAUCUCAGACAACAAAUAGAAGCCAGGCGACACGAGCACUUUCUUUGUCACUAUGGUAACUUUUAUGGAAUUAAGAAUAGAUUAGACAUUCAUAGCUCUAUGGUUUCCCAUGCCUUUCUUCUUGACAACAAAGGCUGGGUUAGGUGGCGUUGUCACGGCUACCCGACUGGCCAGGAGAUCCAGUAUUUGAUGAAGUGCACCAAAGACCUUUUACUAAUUAGCAAAGAAGAGCAUAAACAAUAGAUUAUGCAAACAAUGGUCAAUUAUUUAUCAUUAUAAUUACAUUCAUGGCUGCAUGCACACAGCUGGCCAGAGGCGCGGUCAAAGUUAAAGAAAAUGCCUAGACAUAAAGGGAGGAAUAGAAAAGGAGCCCACGGGAGACAGAGAAGAAGGCGAUCUGAGAGACAAGCAAUAAAAGAGGGAGACCCGGAGUACAAGAGCUUGACAGAGCAGCUUAGAGUACAAGGACUUAAGCUUAAAGAUGUCCCAGGAGAUGGGAAUUGCUUAUUCAGGUCAUUGUGUGAUCAGCUAUCGUUAGUUGAAUCUGAAAGAGGGAGGGUUUUGGGUGGGUACAGUCACACGAGACUGAGACAGGAACUUGUGCAGUACAUGAGGGAACAUCCUGAUCAAUUUGAGCCAUUUAUGGAAGUAGAUGAUGACAAUAUCACAUUUGAAGAAUAUUUAGAGGAUCUUUCCAAAGAUGGAACAUUCUGUGGCAACGACAUCAUCGUUGCUGCCUCGAAGCAUUUCAACUGCUCCAUCAUGAUCCACCAACCAAACGCCCCAAGAUUUGAGGUUCAUCCCCCAUCUCUAGAGACAAGCUCCCUUGUACUUCAAAUUGCUUAUCUUUACGGGGAACAUUAUUGCUCGGUUCACAAGCUGGAGGGAGGAGAAAAGGGCGGAGCUAGUUACUACAAGGGUACAAAGAAGAACCGAGUGGCGUCAGGAGGUGCAGCUUCAAUUUCAAAGGAAUUGGUAUCAAAGUCAGAAAUAGAUUGCAGCAAAACUGAGCAAGCACUGUCCACCAGUGGAGAACAAACAGGACCAACUCUGAGUUUACAGGAGACCAUUGGAAUCCAAGGAAUUAGACAAACCAGUGAAACCGGUUUCGAGGAUGAACUUGAGCUUGUUUUGGCGUCGACUGGUUGCCAGGAUAGACAGUUGGCAGAGAAGGUCCUUAGUGACAAUUGUUACGAUGCCCACUUGGCGACCAUUGAACUCUUACAGCUAAUGGAGCUCACGGAUCAAACAGUAUCAACACCAUCACUCGGUGGGGUUUCAUACCGUACAGGUGAAGCUGCUUAUGAACACACUGUGGAUGUAACAGUAUCCCCCAGUAUUGAGUCUGUUUAUACUACUACUGAAGGAAUGGGGACUGAUGACGGCAGAGUAUGUCAGCAUACCGGAUUGAGAUCAUUAGGUGCAGCAUCGAAGCCGCAUCAAUGCAAUGUCUCACCAAUACAGCGUCAUCUCAGUAACAAGGAGAGGAAAGAGCUAGCAAAGAAGGAGAGAAAGGAGAGAAGAUUAGAAGAGAAGAGAAAGGGUUCGUCAGACAAGGAAAAAGAAAGUAAAGGAGGCACAAAAGACCCACUUGGCUCUCUAACCAUUUGAUAAUAUUUCAAUGAAUGAUGACAAUUUUAAUGAUUGCAUUCAUUUUAUGAAGAGUAUCUACUCUUGAUUUUAUUCAUUCAUCAAUUAUUGCUUUUGUAAAGUUUGUGUAAAGACAAAGACAAUUAAAUUUGUGAGUGUAAUUGAAAUUUGCUUUUUCCUGGCCCCCUGUGCCAAACUGAUACGAUCUUGUUUAAU